CUCGUAUUAAUGUUUAUCCAAAAAAUAAUAUUUUCAUGUAUACAGAAUUGAUAAAUGAGAUAAAGUAAAAAAUAUAUUUGACGUGACGAGAGAGUUAUACGUUCGUCGUGUAUUACUGCGCAAAAUUCAAGAUGGCCGAAUCUGUUUCUACGGGCACAUUCAACAUGGAGUCCUUUUACGCACGUGGUGACCAUACCUUCAAAGUUCCCAUGUCCCUUUUUCGAGAAAACCGUGAAAGACUUAUAGCUCGUUUGAAAAGAAAUACUGAUGUUUCAGCUGCUAAAACUUUUGUUGUUCUUCAAGGUGGGAUUGAAAUCCCUUUUAACGAUACGGAUACCAACUGGCCCUUUAAGCAGGAAUCUUUCUUCCAGUGGUCUUUUGGUGUCGAAGAACCAGGAUGUUACGGAGCUCUUGAUCUAUCAUUAGAAAAAUCAAUUUUAUUUGUACCAAGAUUACCUGCAGAAUAUGCUAUCUGGGAAGGAAAAUUACAUACACUGGAAGAUUUUAAAAAACGUUAUGGCGUCGAUGAGACUUAUUAUACGGAUGAAAUAAAGAAGACAUUGAAAGACAAAGGUGCAUCUCUUUUGUUAACUUUGCAUGGUAAAAAUAGCGACAGCGGAUUGUACUCUCAAGAAGCUAUUUUCGAUGGAGUAGGAGAAUUUAAAAUUAACAAUACCACGUUAUAUCCGGAAAUAUGCGAAUGUCGAGUAAUCAAAACUGCCAAGGAAAUCGACGUAUUGAGAUACGUGGUGAAAAUAAGCUCGGAAGCCCAUAAAACUGUAAUGCGUAUGGUGAGACCAGGCUUGGGAGAGUUUCAAGCAGAAGCAGCCUUUUUGAAUUACAUUUAUUCCAUUGGAGGUUGUAGACACGUUUCUUAUACUUGCAUUUGUGGUUCGGGACACAACGCAUCCAUCUUGCAUUAUGGACACGCUGGUGCACCUAACAGUAAAAUUCUAGAGGAUGGGGAUAUGUGUUUAUUCGAUAUGGGUGGAAAUUAUUGUGGAUACGCUGCAGACAUAACGUGCAGUUUUCCAGCCAAUGGAAAAUUCACCAACGAUCAAAAGUUCAUUUACAAUGCGGUGUUGAAAGCAAGAGAUGCAGUUAUGAAUGCUGCAAAACCUGGUGUAUCUUGGACAGAUAUGCAUCUUUUAGCUAACGAGACGAUGUUAUCUUCAUUGAAAGAAGGUGGAUUGUUGAUCGGCAAUGUUAAAGAGAUGAUGGAAUCCGGAUUGAACGAAAUCUUUCAACCUCACGGUCUUGGACAUCUUAUGGGUUUGGAUGUACACGACGUUGGUGGUUAUCUUCCAGGAUAUCCAGAACGUUCAACAUUAGCAGGCAUAAGAAAAUUAAGAACAGCUCGUACUUUACUUGCUGGCAUGGUAUUAACGAUAGAACCUGGUUGUUAUUUCAUCGAUUGUUUGCUCGAUGAUGCAUUAGCCAAUCCGAAUCAAUCACGGUUUAUCGUAAGAGAACAAUUGGAAAGAUUUCGUGGUUGGGGUGGUAUUAGAAUCGAGGAUGAUGUUCUAAUUACAGAGACUGGAGUUGAAAAUUUAACGAAAGUUCCUAGAACAGUCGAGGAGAUAGAAAAUUGGAUGGCGGCAGGAAGAAGUGAAUUGAAGUUACCGCAAGAUCAAUAAAUUCUAAGAGACUAUUUUUCCUUUACUACUUUGAUACAAUCAAUUUGAUUGAAUAAUACUAUUUACAUAAAUAUAGAUAUUUUAUAUACAAUACGUGGAGGAGGUUUGAACACCAUUUCCAAAUAAAGUAGACAUUCGUUAGAAAAUUGACCAAAAAGGGUUCUGGAUAAUUUAACACUUUACUGAUUGGCCGCUCAACCGCAGAUACUCUCUAACGACCGCUGUUUUUCAGCUUACACUAACGUACAGGAGUAUCUGUGCGUUUCGUAUGCUCAGAGAUAAUUGUCCGCUUUCUGUUAUUACAGGAUAUAUUAGGAUAUACAGGAUAUUAUAGGAUAGGAUAAUUAGAUUUAAUAAAAUGUUGUUAACAACAAUGCAAUUAAAACGAUUGUUCGGUAAGCGUGGGCGAUAAAAAAAAGCCGAUUAAUAGGCUAUCGGUCAGUAAAGUGUUAAGUCGCCCGGCAAGUGAAAGAUUCGGUGUAUCUUAAUCCAAUUCAACGUUUCAAACUUUUUCACGAAUCUUACAUAUAUAUAUAUAUAACAAAAUACACAUAUCAAAAAGAAAAGAAAAUAAUAAUCCAUCAAGA